GGAGACUUGUGGUUGUUUACACUGGGAUCUUCAUGUAGAAUUGUCCUCUGUGUCUGAGCUACACCUCUAAAAUAUGACCUCCUUGAAGAUAGCUUACAAUUGAUUACAAGAAUUGAUUCCUCUGAGACUCAUCAGAUUAUUUCCUAAAAUAAAGUAAAAUCCGUAUCUUUCUAUUUGUGAAAAAGAACCAGACUUCUUGGAAACCACCUGCAUCAGACCUGGGAGUUUGAAAGAAACAGGUGCUGAACCUUAGUUAUUUCCCUGAACAAGAAAAAUGGGCUGCAAUCGAAACAGUGGGCUCAUCACUGGUGCUGUCAUUGGCGCAGUCCUGGCUGUGUUUGGAGGUAUUCUAAUGCCAGUUGGAGACAUGCUUAUUGAGAAGACAAUUAAAAAGGAAACUGUCCUUGAAGAAGGUACAAUUGCUUUUAAAAAUUGGGUUAAAACAGGCACAACAGUUUACAGACAGUUUUGGAUCUUUGAUGUGCAGAAUCCAGAGGAGGUGGCAGUUAACAGCAGCAAAAUUAAAGUUAAGCAAAGAGGUCCUUACACGUACAGAGUUCGUUAUCUAGCCAAGGAAAAUAUAACGUGGGACUCCGAGACCCACACAGUCUCUUUUCUGCAGCCCAAUGGUGCCAUCUUUGAACCCUCACUAUCAGUUGGAACCGAGAAUGACACUUUCACUGUUCUCAAUCUGGCUGUAGCAGCUGCACCGCACCUCUACCCAAAUGUAUUUAUUCAAGGAGUACUCAAUUCACUUAUCAAAAAGUCAAAAUCUUCUAUGUUUCAAAAUAGAACUUUGAAAGAACUAUUGUGGGGCUAUAAGGAUCCAUUCUUGAGUUUGGUUCCAUACCCUAUUACCACUACAGUUGGUGUGUUUUAUCCUUACAACAAUACUGCAGAUGGAGUUUAUAAAGUUUUCAGCGGAAAGGACGACAUAAGCAAAGUUGCUAUAAUCGACACAUAUAAAGGCAAAAAGAAUCUCUCCUAUUGGCCAAGUUAUUGUGACAUGAUUAAUGGUACAGACGCAGCAUCAUUUCCACCUUUCGUUGAGAAGACCCAGGUAUUGCAAUUUUUCUCCUCUGACAUUUGCAGGUCAAUCUAUGCUGUGUUUGGAGUGGAAAUUAAUCUGAAAGGAAUCCCUGUGUAUAGAUUUAUUCUUCCAUCCUUGGCUUUUGCAUCUCCACUUCAAAAUCCAGACAAUUACUGUUUCUGCACAGAAAAAAUUAUCUCCAAAAAUUGUACUUCAUAUGGUGUGCUAGAUAUUGGCAAAUGCAAAGACGGAAAACCUGUGUAUAUUUCACUUCCUCAUUUUCUAUAUGCAAGUCCUGACAUUGCACAACCUAUUGAAGGCUUAAGUCCAAAUGAAGAAGAACACAGAACGUACUUAGAUGUUGAACCUAUAACUGGAUUUACCUUACGAUUUGCAAAACGGCUGCAGAUCAACAUAUUGGUCAAGCCAGCAAGAAAAAUUGAAGCAUUAAAGGGUCUGAAGCAGAACUAUUUUGUGCCUAUUCUUUGGCUUAAUGAGACUGGUACCAUUGGUGAUGAGAAGGCAGAAAUGUUCAGAAAUCAAGUGACUGGAAAAAUAAACCUCCUUGGCUUGGUAGAAAUUACCUUAAUCAGUGUUGGUGUGGUGAUGUUUAUUGCUUUUAUGAUUUCAUACUGUGCAUGCAGAUCAAAGAGAGUAAAUUAAGAAGCAAAUGAGUCAACAUUUAUGCACCAGCUACAUGAGGACCUUUCUUCAUAUCGACCUACAAAAUGAAGAUUUAAUAUGCUUUAUAUUUGCAAAACACACCUUGUCUUACAGUUGAAGAACUGGCGGCACUUUUGUUCUCUGAACUGAGCAGCAGCACGUUUCUAAAGGAUUAUUAAGAUGUCAUUAAAAUCCACACUUUGAACAAAAAGCAGUAACUUUUAAAAUUCAACAUGUUCACAAUGGAAUGGAUUUCAGUUUCUACAGAUGUGGCUUCAGCAUGAUCCAGUUAUUUUUAUUUGGUACUGAUUCACUGAUUGGUUCCCUUUUGCUAAAUUCAGAAGAUGGGUGGAUGUUCUAAACAAAUCCUGGACCCUGAACUCUUGUCUUCCUCAUCAAAUGGAAAACAUCACUACCCUUAUCAGUGUCCCUGCAAUACACAGACCCCAGGACGGUCAGGACAUUGCUUUUCAUGAACAUGAACCAUUUUGAAAGACGUUUAAAAAUGGAAACUAAAGGACUGGCCUAUGAACCAUUUAUUAUACAUUACUUAAGUUUCUUUCUCUAUGGAGUCCUUUGUACAGCAUCAGUAGGCACUAUAACCAUGCUGUUCAUAACAAUAUGGGCUUAUAUUUUUGUCAAUGAUUAUACAAAUGGACAUGUUUGGGACUGUCAUUUUCCAUGUUCUGCAGUUCUUUUGGAAAUCUGAGUAGAUUUUGAUCUUUUCACUCAGUUGCAUACAACUUAUGCUUGGCAACUUCAGAAUGCUGUGCUAGUAUUAAGAGAUGUAAAUGAUAAUACAGAAAUUAUUGUGUGGGAGAUUACA